GGAAAACCCAAGGUCCCGAGCAUUCUGGAUAACAGGUCCCAUACCUGUAUUGUAAUAUCAUACAUAUUAUUUUGUGAAUAAUUUAAUGGAGGGAGAAACUUUUGUGAUAAAACUUUUUUUUUCUUCUUUUUACUAGAAACAACCAGAUAAACCCACAAAUCAAAAUAUUACGAAACAAGAUCAAUCUAAUGAAGAAAUCAUAGUGAUACUACCCAAUGAAAUUGAUGAAGUCGUUGUUGUGAAUCAGCCAGAAGAAGCUGCUGAAGAAAUAGUUGUGGUAAGUAUCUAAUAUUGAAAUUCAACUAUAGAAACAACAAUACCACUUUCAUAGAUGACACAUUCAUAACAUCAUUGACUUUAUUAUUAAAACUCUUUUAUUUGUUGAUGAUGAAAUGAUAUUUUCUCUGUUUGCUAGGAAUAGCAAUUUGGAAUUUCCAAUAUUAUUUGAACAAAUCCCUAUACUGACCCUGCAUUUAUUUAUAAACAUUAAUUGUAUUUCCUUAAAACUUUUUUCAGAGACUAAACAUACACUAACUUUGCAUGUAAUAAUCUUUAUGGACAAUAGACCUUUAAUUGCAUAAAAUAAUGCCACCUUUUUAUCUCUUAUCCAGGCUCAAAUAGAGAAGCCCACUGAAGAAAUCUGCCUGGAGGAGCCAGAGCAAGAAACAGAAAAUGAAAUAGAAAUCAGCCAGGAAAGCAUAAAAGAGGAGAAUUCGGAUAAUCCUGAAGACAAUGAGAACACUGAGAUGUGCCAGGAAUUUGAACGUGAACCUGAGGAGAUCAGCUUUGAGGUUAGCAGAAACCAGGAGGAACAGCUUAGUGAGCAGGAAGAGAGAUCUGAUAACAACACCUGCCACUAUCAGGACAACAUAGAAGCAUCUGAACAAAUUCAGCUAGAGCCCUAUGAAAAUGUAUUGGAGUUGUUUGAGGAAAAUGGAUUUGGAUCUGAGGAACCUCAAGGAGAGUCCUGUGUGGAAUCUGAACUAAAGUCUUCUAAGGAAAACAUAGAAGAAUCCGAACAACUUCAGCUAGAGCCCUAUGAGGCAACUGGAAAUGUUCUGGAGUUGUUUGAGGAAAAUGUAUAUGGAUCUGAAGAACCUCAAGGAGAGUCCUGUGUGGAAUCUGAACUAAAGUCUUCUAAGGAAAACAUAGAAGGAUCCGAACAACUUCAGCUAGAGCCCUAUGAGGCAACUGGAAAUGUUCUGGAGUUGUUUGAAGAAAAUGAAUAUAGAUCUGAAGAACCUCAAGGAGAGUCCUGUGUGGAAUCCGAAAAAAAUUGUUCUAAGGAAAACAUAGAAAGAUCUGAACAACUUCAGCUAGAGCCCUAUGAGGCAACUGGAAAUGUUUUGGAGUUGUUUGAGGAAAAUGUAUAUGGAUCUGAAGAACCUCAAGAAGAGUCCUGUGUGGAAUCCGAAAUAAAGUUCCCGACUGAAAUCUCUGAAAAAGAGCAAGUAAAGGACCAAAGAAGGAUAGAGUGCCUUAAUGAGGAGGUACCAAAGAAAAUUGACAACAGGACCACAAAUAUAAAUAUAGCGAAAAAGGAAGAAUUAAAUAGAAAAAUAACGAAAAAAGAAAAGUGUGUCUACCGUACCCAAGAAGACUUUAGCAAGGAGGAUGAUAAAGAUCCAUUUGCCAAAUACCCAGAGCCCAGGGGAAAUUUAAAACUUGGAGAGGCCAUCGGAGAAGGCAAUUUUGGAGUUGUCCAUGUGGGUUGGCAUAAUAUCAAACGCAAAGAAGUGGCCGUUAAAAUAAUAAAGAACAUAGAGGAUGAAGAUAAAAUCCUUAAUGAACUGGAAAUACUUGAGAAGAUCUCUGGCCAUGAGAAUAUCAUCUCCUUUUAUGGCGCAUUUUACCAAAAGCCUGCUAGAAGGAUUAAUCAAGAGCUAUGGAUUGCUACAGAACUUUGUGAUGGUGGAUCAGUCCUUGACCUAAUAAAAAGCAAAAGGAAUCGUUCCUUAGAAGAAAGCUGGAUUGCUUAUAUCUGCAAGCAGGUGUUACAGGGCUUGUAUCAUCUCAGAAAACAGAGAAUUCUACAUUGCGACGUGAAGCCCGAAAAUCUGAUGCUAACUGAAGACGCAGUUGUAAAGAUAAUUGAUUUUGGUGGUGCUGUCACGGGAGGAAAAAGUGAUAGCCCUGCUGGAGAUAUGGCAUAUUUAUCACCAGAGGCCAUUGUCUGCAUGAGUAAGAGAGGCGAAUUUGACCAUAAGGCUGAUGUGUGGUCUUUGGGAAUGUCAGCCAUUCACAUGGCAGAAGGAUGUGUCCCAUACAACAAACUUCCUGACAAGGCUUUGAUCCAACAAAUUACUCGUGGUCCAGCUCCUACGUUGAAAGGGAACAAAUGGAGUGAAAAAUUCCACUACUUUAUUGAGGAAUGCCUGCAGAAAAAUCCUGCUGAGAGACCAUCUGCAAGGCAGCUCUUGUCACACCCUUUCAUCACAGAAAUAAGCAAUGAAAGGGUUGUACAGAAGAAUAUUAUGAAACAUCUGCAGAGAGGUAAGAAAAAUAGCUUAUUCUUAUUGUCAUUCUGUAACUAUCUGUUGUCCUAUACAAACAAUAUUCUCUGGCUUCAAAUAAGAAAGGCAAAGACUGUUAGGGUGUGGGUUACUGAACUAGGCCACAUGUAGGAGUGAGACCCAUAAGGUGAGAUGGGAGACAAUGUUAUUGUUGGAUAGUUGUAGCUGACUGUUAAAUAAGCAGAAAAAGGCACGUGACAUUAAACAUGUAAUGAUAAAAAUUGUAAAUGCAAACAUAAAAAAAUUAAGAAAUUGUAAAAUGAUUGUAAAAUGUAAACACCUGCUUCAUGACUAACAAUGAACAAUAUUUCAUACUAGCAAACCGUUGAAGAUAAAAGAAGAAAAUGUUGAAGUUGAAUAACAGAUCGACAUCCACCAUCUGCAGAUGACCAAUUGGUGGAGACUGAGAAACCACCAAACUGCCUAAAGAAAUUCUUCUGUGAUUGGAUACAAACAGAUCCAAGGAACUACCUGGAAGAAAAAAAGAUCCAGGGCAGCCAUCGGGGGAGGGACGGGGGCAGAAAAACUAGGUUUCCGAUGGCUGCCCUCCAUGGAAUCCCACUUGGAUAAAUUCAUCAAGACUGUAAAAAAUUACUUUUUAUAAAAAAAAAAAAUUACA